AUGCCGCGCGCCGGCAGUAGCUCCAAUGGCUACAGCCUGCCAACCUCGACCUCCCCCCGCGACUAUUACGGCUCAUCCUCAUCGAACCCCUCUGUCACCGACAACGCCCUCGCCGUCUUACACGAGCUCUACCGCCGCAUCAGACUCUACUGGAAUGCUCGUGGUAGGGCAUUGGCCUGGUCCAUCACCAUGAAAGUCGCUGCCGUCCUCAGGGUCAACCUGGCCGCCCGUCGCCUCCUGAGCUUUCCUCACCUGCUCGUUGCGCUGUGGAUUCUGGUCAUGUUGUGGGGAGAGCGGUGGACGUUCACAAGCCAAGCUCAGAGCUGCGAUUGGGAUCACUGGGAGGACUGGCCAUCCGACGCAACACCGCACCGAUUGAUAUUCGUGGCCGAUCCGCAACUCAUUGAUCCGCACUCGUAUCCUGGGCGGCCCUGGCCCCUGAACCCCUUGACAUAUACAAUAACAGACAACUACAUGCGGAGGUCGUACAAGGCCGUACAGCAGGAGCUGCGCCCGGACACAGUCAUGUUCCUGGGCGAUUUGUUUGAUGGUGGCCGAGAAUGGUACACUGCGCAUGGCGGCUUCGAAGAGCCGGAAUGGAUGAAGGGCGAACGACCCGCAGACGAGGCCAAGCAUGCAAAGAAGUGGAAUAACAAGUAUGGCGAGGACUUCUGGCUGCAGGAAUAUUUUAGGUUUGGUGACUUAUUCUACGGCAAUUGGGAGUUGGGCGGCAUCUUGCCGGGCCCGUGGCAGAGGGGCAGGAAAAUCAUCGCCAGCUUGCCUGGCAAUCACGACCUGGGCUUUGGACCGGGCAUCAAGCCAACUGUGAGGAGACGGUUCACUGCAUAUUUUGGAGAGACAAACAGGGUCGAUGUGAUUGGAAACCAUACCUUUGUUUCGGUCGACUCGGUCUCCUUGGCAGCUGGAACCCACCCCAAGAAGAACGAUUAUCUCAACGCCAUGAAGGAGAUAUACGAGCCAGUGUACGAGUUCCUUGACCAGGUCCAGGCGGAGAAACGGAGGGCAGCUGCAAGGGAAGUCAAGUUUUGGAAUGGCCAAAUGGAAAAUCUCAACUAUCAACACAAGGUGGAGGAAAUCGGCGACACCACUUUGAAAAACGUGCCAUCACUAGAUGCUGGGGGAAAGGGGCCUGAUUUUCCAACGGUUUUACUUUCUCAUGUGCCUCUAUGGCGAGAUCCCGGCACGCCCUGUGGCCCGAUGCGAGAACGAUGGCCACCGACAAAACCACCAAAAGGCCAGACAACACCAGUCAAUCCAGAUCACCGGAAUGCGCUCCACAGCGUUGGGCAUGGCUACCAAUAUCAGAAUGCCCUUUCCCAGGAAGAUUCCGUCCGCCUUGUUCAGAGCGUUGGAAAUGUGGUACAAGCCUUUUCAGGAGACGACCACGACUAUUGUGACAUUGUCCAUGGGAAUCUCCCGGGCAGCGUUCCGGAAAUCACGGUCAAGAGUUUCAGCAUGGCCAUGGGCGUCAAGAUUCCAGGAUUCCAAAUGGUCUCUCUGUACAACCCGAUUGAUGAAAAUGGGGAGUCUUUGCUUGCAGAAGGUAUCCCAACGGUCCAGACACACCUCUGCUUGUUGCCCAAACAACUCUCGACAUUUACCACGUAUAUUGCUCUGGCAAUCACGACCUUGUUCGUUCUCGCAGUGAGGGCCUUUCUCGUACCGAUUCUCAACUUGCAAGCUUUUGCUCAGGUUGGGACCCAGGCAGACACAGCUGCCCUUCCUGCGCAUAACAAGGAAAAGGUAGAGACGGAUGUUGAACAUGGCCAUGGCCUGCCAUCUUCGGGACACUCUACGUCGAAAUUUCUAUCCGCGCGUACUCGUGAACGUGGGGCUUCUAUCACUUCCAAUGGCAGCGCCCGUGGCAUCUCGCCACGGCCCAAAGGUGGUAAAUGGGGUUGGGGCGAGGCUCCUCGAGGUCCUCGCAUCGAAAUAAGAAGAGACACUUACGACAGCAACACGUCACGUGGCUUUCAAUGGCAACCUUCCAGGCGUGCCGAUUGGCGAACCGCACUUCAAUCCAGAACUCAGUUCGUGGUCCGGGAGUUUUGGACCACGAGCUGGAGAGUGGCUUGGAUGGCUAUCGGGUUCUAUGCUUAUCUUACUUAUCAAGGAUAG